UCCAAAUGUCAUUUGUUGACAAAAUAAGUGAAAUCUGAUAAAAGCGGUACAAGUUUAUGUUGCAAAAACAGAAACCUAAAAAGAAAUUGCGAUGUUGAUAAAAAUUCAACAUUUUGAUAUAACUAGAAAAAAUAAAAACCAAAUAUUUUGAUAACAGUUUUUAUAUUUAUAAAUGUUUCCAUGUUAUCGUCAACAUUGUCUGAAAAUUCAGAAGAUGAUGAGUUGGCUGUGACAAUCAAAACAAAUAAGAGCAGUAGUUUUAUCAAAUCGAAAACUUCAUCGCCUAAACAAUUGCCUGGAUCAACCGCAUCUUCAACGCCACCAUUAGAAUCUAAAAGGAAACACGAAGCUUCUAUUGCCAAAGUUCAGACAGAAAUUAAGAAUUCAAGUGGAAAUACAUUCUUAGGAAGAAAUAUGACACCAAUGCACUUUCUUGUGUUAUACAAUAGGGAAAUCUUGUGUUUCCUAACAUUAUUUCUGACAACUUAUGCAACAUUUCACAACAAGUAUGCCAAUAAAACACCAUAUUAUCCCAUAACUUCAUUACCAAUUUUUGAUAAGGAUUCCAUAGUUGAUGAAUAUUUCAAAGGAGAAUUAACACCAUUGCAAACAAAAGUAAGCGUGUCUGGAAUAUCAGCGGUUCUUUUUUAUGCUCCGUGGAGCUCAAAUAGCUUAUAUGUUAAGCAAUAUUUUGAAAAUUUGGCGAGAAUUUUCCAACACGAAAUUUAUUUUGCUGCUGUAAACUGCUGGCAACCAGGUGGAGAAUGUCGUAUGCUUCAUAGCAAAGUAAAAUCAUGGCCAGUUUUGGUUGUUUAUUAUCCUAAGUCACUAGCAGUGCAAUAUAAUGGGCCUUGGCAAUUGGGUCCUAUUUACAAAUUUUUAGUCGGGGUGUUAAGACCUAUUCACAGAUUACAUUCAUUUGAUGAAUUGAAACAUUUUAACAUACAUAAUUCGGUCUUAAUCGUUGGAUUUUUUUCGAAGAUAAGCGGAAAGUAUCAAAAUUUUUAUCAAUCUGCAGCUAAGUGGUUGGAAUAUGAUCCUUUGCAGGAUGUAAAAUUUUGCGUUGUUGUUGGUGAUGUUUUAAAAGACUUUAAUAUUAAGAAUGAAAGUGAAAUUCAUAUUUUUUACCGAGGUGAAAAGCUACCAGAAACCUUUUCUAGUUGGUCAACAAAUUCUAUAUUUAAUACAGUUAAAAAACAUACUAAACCAUUAAAAAAAUAUUGGAAUGGAUUUCACAGACAAGAUAAUGAAAAUUUACAAAAUAUUUUACAAUCGAAUCCUGCGUUGUUAUUAUUUGUCAAAAGAGAUUAUUUGCAUAAUAAUAAUACAGCAGAAAUCUUAAUAAAUGAAGUGAUAAAAUUUCAAGAAAAUAAACUAAAAUCUUUUGUGUCAGAAGAACAGACAUCUUUGAAUAAUAUUAGUGCCAGUGGUAAUAUAAUAACACGUAAAACAGAAAUUAACCAAACUUUAUCAUAUUUUUUAUUAGACAUAUUCAUGUAUUAUAAAUUAGCAUUCCAAUUGGGUUUAACAAAUUUUAAUUUUAAAUUACAACAAUCUACUGCAGUGAUAAUUGAUAAUGCAAAAGAGUCAGUUUUUGUGUUUCCUCAAAAUACUCCACUUAUGAAUGAAACUUUAAAACAGUUUGUUGAUGAUUAUGAAUCAGAUCAUAUGAAGAGAAAUUUUCGAAAUAAGGAUAUACCAAAAAUAAAUAAUGUGCAAAACGAUAAUAUCAACAUUCCAGAAAUUAAUGGAACAAAAUUUAUUGAACUUUUGCAAUAUCCGCUUAAAAAUCAGUCAACAUCUAUUAUAUUAAUUACAUCAGCGACCUGUUCAUUAUGCGUCAGUAUGAAGUUAAACCUUUUAAAAUUAUCAAAAGUUUUCGAAAAUUUACCUGUAUCAUUUUAUACAAUUGAUGGUAAUAAUAAUGAUUUUGCUUGGCAAUAUACCAUGGGACAAUAUCCAACUUUAUUAAUAAUUCCAAAAAUGAACAAAUACCAAGUUAUAAUUGAUGAUAUAAGAAUUUUGCCAUACCACAUAGAGCCAAACGAAAAAAAUAUACUUGGUUUUAUAAUGGCUAAUUUAGAAAUACCAGAGAGAUUAUUUGGAAUGUUAGAAUAUUGUGGAUAUUUAAAAAUUUCUAAUGGCUUUUACAAUUGCUUAAAAAAGACUCGUCAAACAAUCGAAUCUAUUAUUAGUGAGCAACUAAAUUUGUGGAGGAAUUACACAACAAGGCGAAAAUGUAUUGAAAAUAAUUUAGAGAUACUUAGAAAUUUAUAUUACGAGCUGUUAAAUGCGAAAAAUCGGAAUGAUAUUCAACACACUUUUUCAAUUAUAAAACAAAACCAAAUUGAUAUUAGGUUUGCCUGUGACAAUGAAAUUUUGAACAAAAAUCUUAUAACUAGUUAACAUUUGUUGAAUAAUUUUUUUAAAGGGAAUAAAUAAUUUUCCAUGUAAUAUACGGCUACCAAGAAAUAGAAAUAAAAGAAAC